AAGGGAAGCAAAAACUUGAGUUCAACUGAAAACUUCCAUUCCAAUUUGGUCAAACCCUAAAUUUAAACACAAAUCCCAUUCCCCAUCAGCAACAUUCCCAGUGCACUUCACUCAAUUCUACCACCGUAUAAAAGUAUCCUGAUACUUACGUAUACCACCUACCUAUACCUAUGUAUGUAUAGAUUUAUAAGCACAUCACAUGCAGGCACGUUUUAACUCUCUUUUAUUAUCAACUCAAGAGCUUUGUGCAUGAGGAUCUGAAGGAGACUGAAAAAUCACGCCAAAAGUCCCUUUCUUUCCGUUAUAAGUUUGACAAAGGCACGUUUUUGGUGCUGCUUCGUAUGAUCAAUGUAUGUUUGGUUAGCUUCUCCGGUGAUGUGAAUUUGAGUUGUGGAUUGAUUUCCAGGUUUGCUUGCAGGAAACUUAGAAAGUGAAAAUCUUGGAUUGGAUGCGGUGGUGAGAGUAAAAAUUUUAUGUCCUAGCUGGGUAAUAUUUUUCACCCCUUGGACAGUUAUAACCGCAAUAACAAAAGGGCAUAAUGGCACCAUCAAGCAAAGCUGAUAAGAAGGCUGCAGUGGAUGCAGCUGCUUGGAUGUUCAAUGUAGUCACUUCAGUUGGGAUCAUCAUUGUCAAUAAAGCCUUAAUGGCUACUUACGGCUUCAGCUUUGCUACAACGUUAACUGGUUUGCAUUUUGCUACAACCACCUUGAUGACGGCUGUUCUUAGGUGGCUGGGUUACAUCCAAGUUUCUCAUCUACCUUUCAAGGAGCUACUGAAAUUUGUUUUGUUUGCAAAUUUUUCUAUUGUCGGGAUGAAUGUCAGUUUAAUGUGGAAUUCGGUUGGAUUUUACCAGAUUGCAAAGUUAAGCAUGAUACCAGUAUCCUGCUUAUUGGAAGUAGCGUUUGACAAGAUCAGAUAUUCGAGAGACACAAAGCUUAGUAUCUUGGUUGUACUCCUUGGUGUUGCUGUCUGCACAGUCACUGAUGUGAGUGUUAAUACCAGAGGGUUUCUUGCUGCAUUUAUCGCAGUCUGGAGUACGUCUCUGCAACAGUAUUAUGUUCAUUUCCUUCAGAGAAAGUACUCCCUAAGUUCUUUCAAUCUACUGGGACACACCGCACCAGCUCAGGCUGCAUCAUUGUUGCUGCUAGGCCCCUUUCUGGAUUAUUGGUUGACAAACAAAAGAAUUGAUGCCUUUGACUUUACUAUACCAUCUGUGGUGUUCAUGGUCCUCUCAUGUACAAUUGCAGUGGGAACGAAUCUCAGUCAGUUCAUCUGUAUAGGCAGAUUUACUGCUGUUUCUUUUCAAGUCCUUGGGCACAUGAAGACUAUUCUCGUAUUGAUCCUAGGAUUCCUAUUCUUUGGAAAAGAGGGUCUCAAUAUACAAGUAGUCAUUGGCAUGAUCAUUGCCGUUUUUGGAAUGAUCUGGUACGGCAAUGCCUCAUCAAAACCUGGGGGUAAAGAACGACGUAGCCAUUCAAUUUCCAGAAGCAGUCAGCAAAAGCAUGGAGGAUCACCAGAAUCUUCUGAGGCUGACGACAAGGUUUGAGCUGUUGUGCUGGAGUUUAGCAUAGCUGAUACUGGGUCUUUUGGUGGUAAAUCAAUUAUUAGUGGAGUCCUCCGAAAUUUGUAAUUUUUAUAAUUUAUUUAUUUUAACUGAAUUGGGGUUCCAUGAUGGGGAUGGCUACUUGAGAGAAAGGAUUUGGAUCACCCUGAUUGAUUCGGGUAUAGCCCGCCCCCGCCCCUUGAUCAUAAUCUAUAGUGACAAGUUUAAUUUUUGCUUGACUUUUGGUCAUAAUUUAUACUACAGUGAAGAAGUUAUACAUUUGUUUGAAUCUUGCUGUCGACAGGAGGCCAUUUACUGUAAACUGAGGGUGUUGGAGACCAAAGAUGUUGGUGCUACAUACGUUUGAUAUGUAGUUAUUUCCUAUGUUGAGGAUUUGAUUCAUUA